UCUCUACUCCUCAUCCUCGAAUGGUUCAGUAAUGGCUCCUACCACUCCAAGACUAGUAGUUCCCAUCGACCUGAAGAAGAAGCCAUCGGAACAGAAGGUACCUCUUCACAACCGUUGGCACCCAGACAUACCAGCAGUUGUAGAUGUUACAGAAGGUGAGGUCUUUAGAGUUGAGAUGGUAGACUGUAAUGGAGGAGCUGUUGGAGACAAUGAUAGUGCCCUUGAUAUAAAAGCCACAAAUCUUUUUAUUGGGCACUUUCUCAGCGGACCGAUUCGAGUAUUGGACAAAAAGGGUGUGCCAGCUAAGCCAGGUGAUCUUCUUGCAGUUGAAAUCUGCAACUUGGGUCCUCUUCCUGGAUCUGAAUGGGGUUAUACGGCAUCACUUGACAGAGAACAUGGGGGUGGUUUUCUGACUGACCAUUUCCCUGCUGCAACCAAAGCUAUCUGGUAUUUUGAAGGGAUAUAUGCCCACUCCCCUCAGAUACCAGGCGUUCGAUUUCCAGGUAUAAGUCACCCUGGAGUUAUUGGCACUGCACCAUCAAUGGAACUCCUAAACAUAUGGAAUGAAAGGGAAAGAGAACUUCAAGAAAAUGGCCACAAAUCUAUGACACUGAUUGAGGUCCUGCACCAACGACCAUUUGCAAGCCUGCCAACACCAGAAGGCUGCCUCCUUGGAAAGGUAUAUAUAAUUCACUGGAUAGAAGACGGAACACCUGAAUGGGAGAAAAUUGCAAAGGAGGCUGCAAGGACAGUUCCUGGAAGAGAGAAUGGAGGAAAUUGUGACAUCAAGAAUCUCAGCACAGGUUCAAAAAUAUACCUUCCAGUAUUUGUAGAUGGAGCAAAUCUUAGCACAGGUGACAUGCACUUCUCUCAGGGCGAUGGUGAAGUUUCAUUCUGUGGAGCAAUAGAGAUGGAUGGAUUUCUGGAGCUCAAGUGUGAAAUCAUAAGGGGUGGAAUGCACGAAUACCUCACACCGAUGGGUCCAACCCCUCUUCAUGUAAAUCCAAUCUUUGAGAUUGGCCCAAUUGAACCAAGAUUCUCAGAGUGGCUGGUAUUUGAGGGUGUCAGUGUAGACGAGAGUGGAAAGCAACAUUAUCUUGAUGCAAGUGUUGCAUUCAAGCGUGCAGUCCUCAAUGCCAUCAACUAUAUCUCUAAAUUUGGAUACUCUAGAGAACAGGUCUAUCUUCUGCUAUCAGCUUGCCCCUGUGAAGGAAGGAUUUCAGGAAUAGUUGAUUCUCCCAAUGCCUGUGCAACUCUUGCAAUUCCAACAGCUAUAUUUGAUCAGGAUAUUCGACCAAAACCUGGAAAAGUACCAGUGGGACCACGGGUGAUGAGGAAACCAGAUGUUAUGAAAUGCACAUAUGAUGGAAACUUGCCCAUUACAAAGAACCUAAGUGCCAGAGCUUAAUCGUUAUCAGAGGAACCAAGAGCUAUAGAAGCUUUAAUUGUUGAUUCAUGUUUCAUACAGAAGCUAUGUUUGGAGAAGAGGAUUUGCAGGAUCUUAAAAAACCUAGAAUUAAGAGAGCAAAACCCAUACUUGUGUGCUUCAAAUAAAAGGAAUCAUUCACUAAUAGGAUAAUUAAAUACAAUAUUGUAUGUUUCUUCAAUGUUGAAACCUCUGGUGCUAAAAUAUCGAAUGUGGAAUUCUAAACAGAACCUUAUA